AUGGCCAAAUCUACCCGCUCCAAAGUCAAGCGCCAUUUCCGCGCAAAGAAGCGUGAAGACAGUGUAUACGCCGCCGUUGAGGCAGCCCGCCUCCACCGCCUCAACUCGAAGCUCCGUGCGCUCGUCUCACUGAGCGGCAAAGAAGACCCGGACGCAGACGCGAUGGCGGCCGACAAGGAGGAGACCGUGGACGGAGAGGGCAACGCAGGUUGGUGCCGCCGCCCCGCUCUUGCUCAGGCCGUGGAGAGACAGAGGGAGCCGCGCGGGCUCCCGAAUCCGCGGGCUUCGCUCUUCUUGCUCGGGCUCAUGGACCCUGCGGACAUGACUGCGGACGGUCUUGGGGAGCUCUGGGAUGCGCUGCCUCCGUCUUCCGAGUACGCACCACAUAGCGGGCCCUCACGCUCGGGUUCCCUCGGGGGCACUGUGCUGCGGCGUCCUCGAUCCGUCUCCCAGUGCUCGCCCACCGGCGGGCUCGACCACCUCUUCCCCUCCUCCUCGUCUCUCUGCUCCGACGGCGGCGACGAUCGUUGA